GACUUUUCCGCGCGUUGCGGCCGCCGGUCAGUCGUGGUCAGUUCCACCCCCGCUCUUCUCCUGACCCAAGUCGCGUCGCACCGGAAGCGAAUCAGCCUCUUGUCCGUCUCUCUUUCUCUCCCGCCUGUCGAUUCUGUCUCGGACCGCACGGAGGUGGUCCCUCGGAUCGGAAUUGCGCUAACCGAUCACUCCGAUCAGUAGAGUACGAGCGGCCGCGUGUCGAUCAUCGUCCAGUAUCGCGUGGCUCUCGUGAGUAGUCUUCGUUUUCUACUUCGUUCCACGUUUUUUUACUUCUUGAGAUGACAUCGAGAACUCUUCGUCUGAAGUGGACCGACUAUCUGGCACUCAUUCUGGUGUGCCAGACGGUGCGACCAAUCGAAGGAUAUCCUCGCGCUUCUUCAGAGCUGUCGGAGGAGUCACCGGACGCCGGAAGUUCCUCGUCGCAGGAUAUGUCGAUUUCGAGAGUGAUCGAAGAGGCGUACGAGCAGCAGGUGUUUCUGCGACCGCAAGAAUGGCAGAAGACCAACGACGAAGACGACAAUUGUUGUUCACAAAAGAUAAAACAGAUGCAGAGGGACACUUCGAAGGAGAAGUUUCCGAGCGAUGGGGUGAUUCGAAGUAGAUCAAAAAAAUCACUGCAAGAUUCAAGCACUGAUAUGUCGAUGUACAGGAGUCCAGAUAUAUCGCACAGGGACACGGGCACGUCAAUAUAUAGGAAUUCUGACGAGAAAAUUAUUUUCCCGGACGGUAGGAUCUCAUCGUCGGGAACACCAAUUCCGACGUUGACCUGCCGCAAAAGUACAUUCUGCGAGAACGUCGCCGAUUAUCCCAGGCAAUUGGUGAACGCAGCGAUACAGCGGAACAUCAGUUUGAGAUUCCUGGAGAGUGUCGAUACUGUCGAUUCGAUAUCCGAUGUCGAACAGAGGAUAGACACGGUGUCGCGCGAAUCAAUGCUUUGCCCAAUUCGUGAACAAGUGGUAUACCCGCAAACCGCGCAGAACAAGCAAAAUCAAUGGUUGUUCAUCGUGAACCAGGAUGACUUGAAACAAGGAAUACGCAUUGAAGUUUGUUUGAACGAAGGCCAGAAGUGCGACAUGAUCGAGGACUUCGCCGAGGGCUACAAGACCUCCUGCAAACAGAAAUACAUCUAUCGAGAAUUGGCAGCGGUGGGAAGUGACGGUAACAUCUUCAAGGAUCAAUUCCGCUUUCCGUCGAGCUGUUGUUGUCACGUAAAAUUCAUCGGCGAUCCCACAACUAGGCUGGGACUGAGACUAAACCUGCCGGUCAAUCAAACACAAUAAAGUAAAUCAAGUACCUUUUUCACGUCAAUGAUACUCCGAUAGGAAAGUUAGGACGAGCGAGGAGAAAAUAUAAUGGAGUGACUCUUUCCGUCUCAUUCGUGUCUACGCAGAUGUUCGGUACGUCGCACGUUCACAGAUAGGAUGCUCAGGAUGACUCUGUCAUAUCAACUCUGAUGAUAUUACAUCAAGCAGCUUGUUGUCGUUAACUGUUAGCAGUAAAAUUAUGGGACGAUAUUUUUUGUAAUUGCUUGUCAAUUUAAUUUGUGACAUUACGUUCUCCAGUUUCAAUUCAGAACUGUGUUUCGAGACCGACAAAUAACACUAGUUUACAAAUUUUGAAGUUGCUUACUGCAAAAAAGACUUAACUUUUUAUAUUUUAGAACGCCGAGUUCGAAUCAGAAAAAUUCCAUCAACAUUUUCGAUUUGUUUUCUAAUAAAACUUGUUUUCAAUCAAAUUUCACUAUUAUAUUGGAAAAAAGUCUUUCUUUUUAUAAUUAGAUAUGUUUUUCUUAUAUCUCAAAAUCCUGGAAAUAUUUUAAUGGUAAAUUAUGGUUCGUAGAAAAUUAUCGUAGAAAUAAUCUUCAUAUCUUCUUGCAUGAAACUUUGUAAAUCAAUGUAAUCGGCACACAGUUCGCAUAAACUGAAAAUUCAAGCAAAAAAUAUUAAACACCAAGAUCCGCUUUGAUAAAAUAUGGCCUUCACUUCUUCGCUUAUUUGCGUUAAUAAUUUUUUGUUUCAAACCUGAAAAAAAAGAUUAGAUAUUAAGAGCAACGAAUACAGUUGAAUAGAAUUCGAAAUUUUGCUGUAAACAAUUCUGUCGAUUAAAUUAAUUGUCGAGCUUAGUCGAAGUUGUCGCCAGCGGUUUUUGGUUACUCCUUUUUCUUACUACGUUAGAGAGAAAUAAAAACUACUUCCUGUCUCUUUCUACGUUCAGACAUCGUGUCUCAAGCUCGGUCUAUUUGUAUUACAUCUAUGAAUCGGAGGACCACACUGCCGUGUCCAGAAUACAAAGGAGGUGAAGGAAGUUGAUACAUGAAGGAAUUCGCGAGCCGAUACAACAAUCGUCGAUAUCAUAUCGAAGGAAUGGAGGUGUUUCCAUGAAAGAACUACACCAUUUUAUAAAUAUCGCCAAUGCUCUCUUGUAUUAUUAAUAUACGCGACAAUAUUCGACAAUAGGAUAUGUAUUACGUGUACAGAAUUAUAUUAUGUGAUAUUAUGUGAUACGUUUACUUAUACUCUAAUUACACAUUUACGUUAUAUUUUCUAAAUCUUAAAUAAUUUUACAAAUAAAAUGAUCUAUUCUUCA